CAAAAUGAUUCCAUUCUCACUCCUUCCUGUUACUUUCCACUGAUAACUCUUUCACUUCACUUUUCUUUAUUUCUUUCUUUAAUAUAUGGAGCUGUAGACUGUAGACUUUCUGCCAAAACAAAAGUUAUUUUACUCUUUCUCACUCCCAACAGCCCAACUUCUCCUAUUUUUAGCGCUAUAGAUCUCUCUCCAUCUUCCUUAAAAAUCUGAUUUUUAAGUUCUUUUGUCUCCACCCCCACCAAUGGAAACUCCCUCGAAUCGCCCGGAAAGGGAGAGUCCGGCUGCAGCUGCCGCAGCAUCCGGCAGCGGCGUUGGCAAUGCGCCGUUGACUCCGAGGUCGGCUGAUCCCAACUCCUACCCCACCACCUUCGUCCAAGCAGACACCUCUUCCUUCAAGCAAGUCGUACAGAUGCUCACCGGAACCGCCGAGACGGCCGCCGCAGCCGCGGCCUCUUCGCCGGGGAAGAACCUCAUCCCUCCUGCUGGGAAACCCAACGGUCCCAAGAAGCCAGCUUUCAAGCUCUAUGAGCGCCGGGGGAGCCUCAAGAACCUGAAAGCCAUAAGCCCCCUCAUCGCCGGCGGUGGAUGCUGCGCCGCCGUCUUCUCGCCGAGAAAGCAAACGGAGAUCUUGUCGCCGAGCAUGCUGGAUUUCCCCUCCCUUGUUCUAAGUCCGGUGACCCCCCUCAUUCCUGAUCCCUUUAACCGGUCUCCACCACCGCCGCCAGCAGGAUCCGCCGCCGCCGUCACGGCGGAGGAUCGCGCAAUCGCCGAGAAAGGGUACUAUCUCCAUCCUUCACCGAGGUCUGAUCUUGAGCCGCCACGGCUACUUCAUCUGUUCCCGGAGUCAUCUCCACGGUUCUCUUCUUCUUCUCUCUCUCAAUGAAGGAGAACUGUGACCUCCUCCCCUGUUCUUCUGCUCUGCUUCCGAUCUGCACUUUGCUUGCUUAUUAGUUCGAAUUAAUUGCAGGAGUAAUUUGGCUCAACUGUAAAGCUUAUCAUCUAUUAAUUGCCGGAUCAUGAUCAGUCUUAAGGAAUUUAAUUAUCUCCGAUUAAUCUGAUUUAAGAAAAAUUGCUGCUUGGUUUAAAUUUGGGUUAUCAUUUGCUUCGUUAAUCUGUGUUGUGUAGUGGAGUGUGAAUGAUUGAAUUGAUAGAAGAGGUGGGACCCAACAGACACUUAGUCUCUGUU